UAUACAUCAAUGUCAUCGGCGGCCGGCUCCAAAGGUUCAGCGGCGACGGGGUGGACGCAGCGGCAGAACAAGCAGUUUGAGUGCGCGCUGGCGGUGUACGACCGGGACACGCCGCACCGGUGGCACGACGUGGCCCGUUACAUGGGCGGCGCCAAGUCCGCCGACGAGCUGCGCCGCCACUUCGAACGCCUCGUCCACGACGUCGCGCAGAUCGAGUCAUCCGGACGCUACGCCGGCUAGGUCGCCAUCUUUGCCCUUCCGCCGCUAGCUGUCUUGGACGCGAGGUAGGAAUGAUAUGGGGACAUGCUUACGUGAGUGUGCGUGUAUGGAUGCACGUGGCCCGACGUGCCGGCGUGCGUGAGUGCAUGUUGCAUGGACAUGCAUGCUGCGUUGGUGGCCGGCCGGCCGGCUUGGCUUGCCGGUGCGUGCAUGCAUGUCACUAUGCCACAUGAGA